CACACACUCGCGAAGGUCGAAUACAAGAGGCAGGCGCACCUGAAGAAAAUAUGCACGUACUACGUCACAACGCAAAUUUCAAGUCCAAGUAGGAAAACUAAUCAACGGGCACGCGCACAUCAGAAAGCGUUUUUAAGUACCUGUCCACUUGGAGGAACACACAAGUUACCAAUUUUGCGAAGUCCGUUCAUCUGUGUCUCUCUACCACAACACACGGUCCUGUUAACUCGUGGAGGAAUGGACAUAGCGGGCUGCCUGAGCAAGCAGCACGGCGUCAGCGGCAGGGGCAGUUCGUUCCUCCUCGGGGCGCUCCUCCCCACCGUGCUCCUCUUCUUCCUCGCUUCCGACCGGGUCGGCGAGCAGCUGGCCAUCAUCUCGAGCUUCAGAAAUGGAUCAGCAGCUAACCUCUCGAGCCACGGCGGAAAGUUCACGCAGGAAGAGGCAUUGUUGUUCCCGGGGCUGGCGGAGCUUCUAUCCAAGGUGGCCACGGACGACCGGACGGUGAUCAUCACGUCGGUGAACGAGGCAUGGUCGCGCCCCGGCUCGCUCCUCGACAUCUUCCGCGAGGGAUUCCUCAACGGCGAGGGCAUCGCGCACCUCCUCGACCAUGUCCUCGUCGUCGCCGUCGACACGGGCGCCCUGGCCCACUGUGAGGCGGUGCACCCUGGCCAUUGCUACCUCCUCGAGGUCAAGUCUGCAAAUAUCAGCUCCGCCAACCGCUUCAUGUCCAAGGGCUACCUCGAGCUCGUCUGGGCCAAGCUCCAGCUCCAGCACCGCGUCCUCCAGCUCGGCUACAACUACCUCUUCACCGAUGUGGAUAUCAUGUGGUUGAGGGACCCGUUCAGGCACAUUAGUCUGUACGCGGACAUGGCGGUCUCGACGGACCGGUUCAACGGCGACGCCGAAGCCCUGAACAACGCGCCCAACACGGGCUUCUACUACGUCAAGUCGACGAACCGGACCGUGGAGAUGGUUCAACGGUGGCGGGAUGCGAGGCAUCGGUUCACGGGGGCGCACGACCAAGCCGUCUUCGACGAGAUCAAGGCCGACCUCGCCCACGGCGAGCUGCGGCUCAGGUUCGUGUUCCUCGACACGGCGCUCUUCGGCGGAUUCUGCCAGUUCCGCGACGAGAUUGACGGCAGGGUUUGCGCCAUGCAUGCUAAUUGCUGCAUCGGGUUGGAGAACAAAGUGCAUGACUUGAGGAACAUGGCGGCUGACUGGAAGAACUGCGCGGGGUUGGCGGCGCCGGAGAAGAAGAGCGGGGAAUGCCGGUGGACGGUGCCAUCUAAGUGCCGGACGUCCAUGGGACAGUGAUAACGAUGGCUGAUUAAGUCAGUCCUGCCCAAGUACCUCUUUUACGGUACCCCGGAUUUAAUACGAACCGUUUAUUUGUCCUGAUCUAAUGGUUAAUAUUAAGUGGUACUCCAUUAUCAAUCCCACGGAGUACUAAGUCAAAAACGACCGGAGUACCAUGAGUGGAAAGACAAACUUGUAAUUACGUGAAGGCAUUUGGAUUUUCUCUUGGUCA